AUGAGUUCGGCGCCUCGCACUCGGACUAAGCCUUGCGAUCAAUGUCGAGACAAACAUCUGAAGUGUGACAAGGAGACUCCAUGCGCCAACUGCAAAAAAGCAUCAAUCAACUGCGCUCGCGCCAAGAAGUUCCGCAUCAAAAAGCUCAUCACGACUGAAAACACAUUCAAGUUUGAUCCAAACCAGACAUGGAUAGAUACAUCGAAUCAAGAAAAAUCAAACAAAAUUUCCUUUGUCGACGAAACAAGCUCCGCCUCUCGCCACUCCCGUACAGCCACCGCUGAAUCUCCGUCUUCCGAAGAUGGACCUCAAUCAGAGAGUUUGGAUUUUGCUGCUUCUGUCUUACGGUCUUUAUCCAAGGGCAGCCAGGUUUUACCCGACGAACAAGAAGCGCCUCUGGUGCAAGCACUCUCAGGACAGUCCCCAGAUAUUUUUGAGGCAUCCCGAAGUCAUGAAGAUGGAGGCUGUAGUGCGCCUCGAGAUCUCUCUCAACUAUCAAUUUCUGCAUCCCCAACUGGUAGACCAAGUCUUUCUGCUAGUCACUUCGGAUCGCCGUCCCUUCCCGUACUCUCAACGCAAUGGCAGCACUCCUCACCGGAUCAGGAUGCAAGAAUGUAUCUGAAUCAUGGCGGUACUGGGGAAGUUUCACCAUUUGGUACAGGCACAUACAACGACAAUCACCUCUACCAAGCAGAUACUCUUCCGUCAAUCAUGGACCUGGAACUCCAUAACCCUACCUCUUUGUUGAGUGCAAGCUCAUCUCAAUCGCUGAGCCUGGAGGAAGCCUGCCUGGUUCGCUGUUUCGUCGAGAAACUCGCAAGAGCUUUCGAUACCACCGACAGAGAUCAUCAUUAUAUCUCAGUUCUUCCUCUCCGAGCCAUACAUAGCCCUCUGCUUCUCAAUGCUAUAUGCACCGCCUCAGCACGCUUCCUCACACGUGUCUCCUCACUCCAAGAUCCGGACAGAAUCAUCGAAUAUGCGGGCGUACAGCUUCCAGACCUCAACAUGGAAUCAGCUAUCCACUACCACAAUAAGUGCAUCUCACAUCUGAUGGGAGUGUCAGCAGAUCCGAUCAACUCUUGUAGUGACGAUGCUCUGGCUGCCAUUACGAUACUGAGAUAUCAUGAGCAAGUUGAUACACAUUUUACCGGUACCGAUAACGAGACUUUCUCCGUUGCUGUUCGUGCCGUUUUCCAAGCAUCCCAGAACGACGCAGACGGGCUCCUGCACCUAAUUCUUCAACCUCCUCGCGGCUCAGAUGUCUAUGCAACCUCUCUCUCUUCCCUCAUGUUCUCGGCAUGCCUCAUUGCACUUCGCCAAGAAAUUUGGUCUGUCCUUAUUCAUCGCCGUCCAUUCCGACUACCAAUCUUGCCUGUUGAGAACUAUGGCAUCUUUGAUGAUACCUUGGCCGCCGACGAUUAUGAUUGGACUAACCGCGUUCUCAUCUGGUGUGCCCACGUUCUCAAAUUCUGCUACCCAGAUGAUGAUGACGAACAGCCAAUCGAUAAUCGAACUCGAUCCCAACAAUGGGAAGCUAUCAAAGACUUCCAGAGAAACUGGGACGAGAAACGGCCACCUCAUUUCGCGCCUCUCUACUACCGAGAACGCAACCCAUCAGAAGGUCGAUAUUUUCCAGAAUACUGGAUUACCAGUCCAUGUCAAAUGCUAGCCCUCCAACACAUCGAACUAGCACGUAUAGUUCUUGCAGUGCACGAUACAAAGAUCCAACUCGGCAUUGGCGGCAGAGCUGCCCAUAAAGCAUUGGAAGAGCUGAUGCGAGAAGCAACAAGACGUGUUUGCGGUUUGGCUAUGUCACAGAAGUGGUGCCAAGAGGGAAUGGUAACUGCUGCUGUGGGACUGUCCAUGUGUGGCGAGUAUUUCCAAGACCCGGGAGAACAGGCUGCAAUUAUGGAGUUGGUAACGUUGCUUGAGCGUGAUCAUGCUUGGCCAACCAGCACUUUGUUGAACAAGCUUUGGGAUACUUGA